AUGCCCGGCCGACUCACCAACAAAACUGCCAUAAUAACGGGCUCCAGCUCUGGCAUCGGCCGCGCCAUCGCCCUCGCCCUCGCUUCCGAAGGCGCAAACAUCGUCUGCAGCGACAUCACCGAGACCUUCCGCCCCGAAUACCGCACCGACUCGCUCUCCGGCACAACUCUCCAAGAAGUAACUAAUCUCGGCGUGCGCGCCAUCUACCAGAAAUGUGACACCACAUCCUCGGCCGAAGUCGAGAGUUUGGUCAAGAGAGCGGUGCAGGAGUUUGGGAGGGUGGAUAUUAUGGUGAACAAUGCGGGAAUCGCAGUUGAGACGGGCGAGCAUGGGAACCGGCCGAUUUGGGAUGUUGAUGAGGAGGCGUUUGAGCGGACGAUGCGGAUUAACUCGGCAGAUGAAGGAUCAGGAACCUGGGACGAAUGGGGAUAG